AUGAGCAUUCCCGCUUCGACAUCCACCCCUUUUACGCGUUCUUCACCACCACCACCACCAUCGCCGCCUCAGCCACCUCUUUUCUCCCAAUCCGCCGCAAACACUAAUCCUUCAGACCAUCGCCGCCGCUUCUCCUUCAAGAGCUCCCAAAACAACAACUCCAACAGUCCAGUCGAAGUCGCCACCGCCUCGUGGACUUCAUCCAUUGCCCACCACUGCAGAAACGGCCGUUUAUCCGAAGCAGUCCUGCAAUUCACCCGCAUGCGGGAUUCCGGGGUUGAGCCUAACCACAUAACCUUCGUCACUCUCUUCUCUGGAUGCGCCCAUUUUCCGUCCAAGGGUUUGUCACUCGGCCCUUCCAUUCAUGGAUAUGCACGAAAAAUCGGGCUCGAUGUUAACAAUGUGAUGGUGGGGACGGCAGUAAUCGAAAUGUACUCGAAGUUUGGUAAAAUGGAAUUAGCAAGACUGAGUUUUGAUCAUAUGGGAUUCAGGAACAGAGUUUCUUGGAAUACUAUAAUCAACGGAUACAUGAGAAAUGGGGAUUUUGAGGUAGCAGUCAACCUGUUCGAUAAAAUGCCCGAAAGAGAUGCCGUGUCUUGGACUGUGUUGAUUGAUGGUUUUGUGAAGAAAGGAAAGUUCGAGGAGGCACUGGAAUGGUUUCAAGAAAUGCAGUUGUCUGGAACGCCUCCCGAUUUUGUGACGAUUGUAUCGGUUCUCUCUGCCGUUGCUAAUUUGGGAACACUGAGUUUAGGCCUUUGGCUGCAUCGCUUUGUGUUGAUGCAUAACUUUAGGGAUAAUACACGUGUUGACAAUUCGUUGAUUGAUAUGUACUGUAGGUGUGGAUGUGUUGAAUUAGCUUCCGAAGUAUUUCGAAAAAUGCCGAAGCGAAACUUAGUCUCGUGGAACUCGAUAAUAGUAGGAUUAGCUUGUAAUGCACACACAGAGGAAGCUUUGGAAUAUUUUCAUUCGAUGCAAAAAGAUGGAUUUGACCCCGACAGCGUGAGAAGCUUUGUAGGCGCGAGCAAACACUGGUUUAACAAAAUGUGA